AUGCCUACCAGUACGCAAGCCUGUACAACAUUUGUACCUCAAUUUUAUGUACCUGUGCAAAACUAUGCGCAACAACCACAUCAACAACAUCGACAUCCACCACAUCGACUACAACAACAACUACAACAAGCACCACGAGCACCACAACUACUUCAACAACAACAACAACGACAACCACCACAACAAGUCGCUACUACGACUACAACUGCCCAAAACAUACCGAGUGCCUUCUGGCCAUUUGAUAACAAUGCAUUGGAGUUGUACAACACUGGUAUCGACGGAACUGUCUCUGGUGGUCCAACGUAUACAACCAGUGUCCUUGGAUAUGGCGCUGCUAUCAGUCUUACUCGAUCUUCCAGUCAAUACGUUUACAUUACACCAACAAUAAUUCCAUUCAAUUCUCGUAGUUUCACAGUAGAAGCNUGA